AUGGGUCGCAGAAGGGCCCGCCUAUGGGCACUUUUCCAGUGCUGCUACCCCAAGGCAAAGGCCAAGACAAGGAAGAACUUGGCCUCGGCCCAAGUCCUGGAAGCAGAGUGGCCUGAGGACUUGGCAGCAUCUACGGAAGAAUUCAAAAUGUGCCGGAAGCAGCUUCUCGCGAGAGAGGAAGAAAUGGCUGUGCUCACAGCAGAAAGGGACCACACCAGGCUGCUGCUGGAGCACCUGGAGUGCCUGGUUUCCCAGUACAUACCGUCCCUGCAGAUGACGGCGGGCAAGUGGCAGGCGCAGUCCCCAGCCGACAUGACCAGAGAGCUCGAGGUGCUCAAGGCAUUGAAGUCACUCUUUGAGCACCACAAGGCCCUGGACAAGAAGACACACAUCAACACACGAGGAGCACUUGAAAGGGGUAGUUUGCUAGAAGAAUUAGGUGCCACACAUAAAGAGGCUAUGGCCCAGAAGGAGGACAUGGAGAACAGAAUCACUCCACUUGAGAAACGCUACCUCGCUGCACAGCGCGAAGCCAUCUCUGUGCACAACCUCGAUGAUAAACUUGAAAAUGAAAUCGCAAAUAAGGAUUCUAUGCAUCGACAGGUUAAACCUGCUUCAGCCAUGUCUGUAAGGAAGGAUGAAAUUGACCAGCAGUCAUCAGCCCCACUGGAAGGGAGCCUCCAACAGAACUUAUGUCUACCAGGAGAAGAAGAAAAAAAUCGCUGCACACCCACCAAGGACACUGAGUGUCAGUGCAAAGCUGGCACUUUCCGUGAAGAUGCGCUUGAAUUCUGUCACAACUGCAGCACCGGGUGCCCUGAUGGGAAGGUCAUGGUCACGGACUGUACCCCCUGGAGCGACAUCAAAUGUGUGGACCAAGAAUCAGGCCCUUCAGGGCAGGGGAUUGGAGUUGUAACUGGACUUGGAAACGCCAUUGUCCUCAUCGGAUGGGUUGUGUGGUGCUUCUUGAAAGGUCUCUUUGAUGAGUGCUGGCGCAAGGCUAUGGCCCUGAAGGAGGACAUGGAGAACAGAAUCACUCCACUUGAGAAACGCUACCUCGCUGCACAGCACGAAGCCAUCUCUGUGCACAACCUCAAUGAUAAACUUGAAAAUGAAAUCGCAAAUAAGGAUUCUAUGCAUCGACAGGUAGAGGAUAAAGACCGACAGUUGCAGGAGUGCCUGGACCUGGCAGAGCAGAAGCUGCAGCAGAUGCUGCUGGAAGUGGAGGAGCUGGCUCAGUGGGUGGCUGCGCUCUCCAAGGCGGGAGAGAGACACAGCAGCAUCGAGGAGAGGGAGCUCCAGAUAGAGGCCCCACUGGAGGAGAAGAGCAAGGAGCUGCCUUGGGCGAGGCAAAGAGAAGAAAUGAAUGAAGAACACAACGAACACUCAUCAGACACCGUGGAUAAGCUUCUGUCUGUUUCAGAUGAGAGGCUUCAGCUUCACCUGAAGGAGAGAACGGCUGCUCUGGAGGAUAAGAAUUCUCUCCUAUGGGAAGUUGAAAAUGCAAAAAAGCAUUUAGAAGAAAUGCAAAAGGACAAGGUGCAGCCCCUGAAAGAUCAGGACCAGGAGCGUGGGCAGCAAGCCAGCGUGCUGGCCAACGUGGCCCAGGUGUUGGAGCGUGAGGAGGGCGUGUCUGACGGCGAGGGCGACGGGGUUACCCUCUUCAGCGCGCCCGCUCUGCUGUCGCCCAGCGGGCAGGCCGAUGCCAAGACUCUGGCCAUGAGGAUUCAGGAGCAGCUGGACAAAAUCAACGAACAGAUCCGGUUUAUCCAAGAAAAGAGGGAGAACACGGAUCAGCGGGCCGAGGGGAUUGAGAGCAGGGUGGGCAGGGGGAGCUCCAGCCACCUUCGUCGUUCUCAAUCCUCGAACUCCCUCAACCUGAAUCCCGCCUCCUCGCAUGCCGGCUCCUGUACGCCCAGCAGAGGGCGCUCCAAGCCCCGAAGGAGGCGGCACAGCCCUGCGCAGGAAGUAAGCAAGCUGGGCUUCAUGACUGUGCUGCCAGCUGUACAGGAAGAGGUAGAAGAUGAGAAGAGCACCAUCAAAGGGGAAACCUCGACCUCCGCCUUGCUGCGGUCUCUUCGGCUGGACCGGCUCAUGGCGUCACUGCGCACAGCCAGCAACGAGGACAUCGGGGACGCCCGCAAGUAA